AUGCGUAUAUGCUAUUAUGAUUUGCUUGGUGUUGAUCGUCAGGCUACUUCUUUAGACAUUAAAAAAGCAUAUAGACAACAAGCACUCAUUUGGCAUCCAGAUAAAAAUGGUGAUCGAGUACAAGAAGCUACGGAGCGAUUUGCAUUAAUACAAGAAGCAUAUGAAGUUUUAUCAGAUCCACAAGAACGAUCAUGGUAUGAUGGUCAUCGAGAUUCUAUUUUACGUGGUGAAGAUCCCAAUAGUCAAAAAGAUAGUAGCGCUGGUACAACUGCUGAAGAUCUUAUGCGCUAUUUCAGUAUAUCUGAAUUUAAAGGUUAUGAUGAUAACCCAAAGGGCUUUUACAACGUCUACCGCAGUCUGUUUGAACGGUUAGCCAAAGAAGAAGAAGAAGCGUUCAGAAACGAUGUAAAUAUGGAGGAUGAUACGAAAUAUAGACCCUAUCCAGCAUUUGGAAAUGCAGAUACGCCAUUUAUAGAGAAUGUCAGAGACUUUUAUAAUGCCUGGCUAAACUUUUCAACUGUAAAGUCAUUCAUUUGGAUGGACAAGUGGAGGUUAUCCGAUGCACCGAACCGAAUCGUACGUCGAGCAAUGGAGAAAGAAAACAAAAAAGCUAGAGAUACUGCAAAAAGAGAAUAUAACGACGUUAGCUUAGCGCAAUAUAUUCGUAAACGAGAUCCAAGAGUAAAAUCUUAUGUGGAAGAAGAACAAAGACGAAAGGAAGCUGCUGCCGCUGAACAAAAGGCAAGACAGCUACGUAAGAAGCAGGAAAUGCAAGCGAUGAUAGAUCAGUACGAGGAACCUGAGUGGGCCAAGAUGGAUGAGCUGGAAGAGGAUGAGCAAAUCGAUGAAGAAGAAUACUAUGAAGAAGAACAGGACUUUUUCUGUGUCGUAUGUGACAAGAGUUACAAGAGUGAAAAGCAAUUUGUGAGCCAUGAAAAGAGUAAAAGGCAUUUGGAUAAUCUAGAACGACUACGUGAAGAAAUGCUUGCAGAUGAAGCAAGUUUUGAGUUUGGAACAACAGAUCCAGUUGAUGAUUUAGUAGAGCAAAUACAAGAAGUUGACCUUACAGCAGAAAAUGAUGUGAUACUCAAUAAAAAGAAAAAGAAAAAGAACAAGAAAAAGAUACCAAACUUUGGAUAUGAAGAGGAUCUAAACUUUAUUUAGAUAAAAAUGGAUCUGCGUCCUCAAAUAAAACUUUGGGCUUUAAUGGCCAUUGAUCAAAUUUGAUAGCUAUUUGAUCCAAUUGUUCAAUUGUCAAAUCUCUAACAAAAACAUCUGGAUUAUAUGGAAGUCUACCGAGGAGAAUUUCUGCACCAGGCCCUAAUGUUCUACCAAAUGUGUAUGAGCUUUUUUGUGUAUAUCUAAUAAAAAUAAAAAAAGGGACAUUACUUGAUUGCAGUUGUAAGCUUUGU